CGGGACUGAAGAGGUUAAUGUGCAUCUGCCUCCGAAUGUUAAUGUGUCUAGGUGAUGUCAGUGGGAGCCAGAAAGGAGGAAGUGGGGAGAGCAGUGGGGCUUGAAGGCAGCAGAGGUUGCCAGGCUGUGAGGAAGACCCCUUUCUGGACGGCAGGGCUCGUGCUCCGGGACAAGGCGGGCGGGCAGUAGAGGCUGCCGCAGCCUGCGUGCGGACGUGCCAGCAGGCGACCGGGCACCGGCAGGAUGGACCUGGAAGCUUCGUUGCUGUUGCCCACUGGCCCCAAUGCCAGCAACACCUCGGAUGGUCCGGAUAACCUCACCUCUGCCGGGCUGCGUCCUCGCACAGGGAGUGUGUCCUAUAUCAACAUCAUCAUGCCUUCGGUGUUCGGCACCAUCUGCCUGCUGGGGAUUGUGGGGAACUCCACGGUCAUCUUCGCGGUGGUGAAGAAGUCCAAGCUGCACUGGUGCAGCAACGUGCCUGACAUUUUCAUCAUCAACCUGUCGGUGGUGGACCUGCUCUUCCUCCUGGGCAUGCCCUUUAUGAUCCACCAGCUCAUGGGGAACGGGGUCUGGCACUUCGGAGAGACCAUGUGCACCCUCAUCACGGCCAUGGACGCCAACAGUCAGUUCACCAGCACCUACAUCCUGACCGCCAUGGCCAUCGACCGCUACCUGGCCACGGUCCACCCCAUCUCCUCCACCAAGUUCCGGAAGCCUUCCAUGGCCGCCCUGGCCAUCUGCCUCCUAUGGGCCCUGUCCUUUAUUAGCAUCACCCCUGUGUGGCUCUACGCCAGGCUCAUCCCCUUCCCAGGGGGCACCGUGGGCUGUGGCAUCCGCCUGCCCAACCCGGACACUGACCUCUACUGGUUCACCCUGUACCAGUUCUUCCUGGCCUUUGCUCUGCCCUUCGUGGUCAUCACGGCCGCCUACGUGAGGAUCCUGCAGCGCAUGACAUCCUCCGUGGCUCCCGCCUCUCAACGCAGCAUCCGGCUGCGAACAAAGAGGGUGACCCGCACGGCUAUCGCCAUCUGCCUGGUCUUCUUUGUGUGCUGGGCGCCCUACUACGUGCUACAGCUGACCCAGCUGUCCAUCAGCCGCCCAACGCUCACCUUUGUCUACCUGUACAACGCGGCCAUCAGCCUGGGCUAUGCCAACAGCUGCCUCAACCCCUUCGUGUACAUCGUGCUCUGCGAGACAUUCCGCAAACGCCUGGUCCUGUCAGUGAAGCCUGCGGCCCAGGGGCAGCUUCGAGCUGUCAGCAACACCCAGACGGCCGAUGAGGAGAGGACAGAAAGCAAGGGCACCUGACAUUUCUCCUUUCGCCCAGGGCUCCACCAAGCCAGGACACCACCGCAGACCAUGGGGAGAGAUGCUGAGAAAAACCCAAGACCCCUCUGGGAGAAUGCAGGGAGGCUGGGUGGUGAAGGGUCGCUGCCACCAAACACCUACCACAGGGCCCACAGAUUGCGGGGGAGGCUCCCAGCCAGGUAGGGGACUUCCAGCACCCGAAAGCCCCUAGAGAGAGCAGGAUGCGACCUUUGGGUUGAACAGAAACUGAGCUAGAAGAAAUUUUUGGUUUAAAUGUUCAGGUGAGCCUGCAUCAGCUAGCUCCCAAAUGUCUUUUUCCCAAGAGAAGGGGUCUGUUUCAAAUCAGACCUGCCGGGGUGUGAGCCGUGGGGCCACAAGCCCGGUCCCUGGGGGAUGGGAAAGGUGGUGUGGCCUCCACCCUCUUUCCUUCUCUCACUGGUAGGAUGGUAGCCUUUCUCCCAAGCUGGAGGAUGCUGAGAUAUGAAGCUUGCCAUCUCUCCGUGUUCCAGCACCCUGUGUCGAUUUCCCUUUAUCUCUAGGGGAUGCAUGUUUAUUAUUUGGGGGUGGAGGGCUCUGAGCCUACAGGAGUAAAAGCCCAAUUUACUAGGAGAUUCGCUUAUGGAGAAUGACAAGACGACCUGGGGUGGGUGGGGGUGGGGAAUCUUGAAAUUAAGAAAAAUGGGGAGGGACCAGGGGCUUUUGCAGCUGUGGGCACAUCGUCUUUGUGGGCACAUUUGUCAGUCACCAGGUCCAGAGUGAGCACCCAUCAGUGUCCUGCACGUGCAGGGGGCAUUCUGAUGCCUGGUGCGUUGGCACCAUCUUUUUGCUCUGGCCGUUCCUUUCAAAAAAAAAAAAGAAGGAAAAAAAAAAAAACUCUGAAUAAAGGAAAAU